AUGGAGAAGCUGCGUGCUAAGGAGAAACUGAAUCCCCCGAAGCCUGGCAAGUGUUCGCUGGCCAACGCCCGUCGCCGCAAGGACUGGGAGAAGAUGACCAAGCCUGAGCGGAAGAACUACAUUGACGCCGUCAAGUGCAUGUUCACCAAGCCCAGCACUGUCAGUGCGGAGUGGGCCGCUGGUGCGCGCGUCCGCUACGAUGACUUUGCAGCCAUCCACAUCAACAAGACGCUCGGUAUCCACGGCACCGGCAACUUCCUCACCUGGCACCGGUACCACAACUGGGUCUACGAGAAGGCCCUGCGUGAGGAGUGCGGCUACAAGGGCGCCCACCCGUACUGGAACUGGUUCAAGUACCAGGAUCGCCUGCUCGAGAACCCCCUGUUCGAUGGGAGUGACACGUCCAUGGGUGGCAACGGUGCCUUCUUCCAGCACAACGGCACCCUUGCUGCUGGCCUCGUCUAUGUGCCUUCCGGCACCGGUGGUGGCUGCGUGCAGAGCGGUUUCAUCAAGGACAUCAGCAUCAGCUUGGGCCCUAUCCGCCCGGCCAUGGACGGCAUGUCCACCCCCGUCGCUGGCACCAUGAUCUACAACCCCCGCUGCCUGCGUCGCGACUUGAACAUGUACGCCGCCAAGAAGUGGCACAACUAUGAGAACCUUCUUGACGUCGUCACUGGCCCCCACUCGGGCGACAUCGUCACCUUCCAGGACGAGUUCCAGGGCCGCCCUCCGGAUGGCUUCCUCGGCCUGCACUCUGGUGGCCACCACGUCAUUGGUGGUGACAACAGUGACAACUAUUCGUCCGUCGUCGACCCCAUAUUCCAUUUCCACCACGCCAUGGUCGACUACGUCUACUGGCUCUGGCAGGCCCUCCACCCCGAUCAGGCGCGCCAGGUCGGAGGCACCAUCAAGGCCCGCAGCCCUGCCGAGGGCUACACCCAGCGCACCGACAACCUGGACCUUGGUGAGGUUGCCGCCGACCUUUCCAUUGAUGAGGCCCUCGACACUCUGGAUGGUCCGUUCUGCUACAUCUACGAGUAG